AUGUCGCCUCCUCGUAAAAUGCUCAAGUGGGAGGAGGUCGUUGAUUACGCAUUCCUGGCAGACUUUGAUCUGCUGCGUGAUGCACGUGCAGACAUUUCUCAAUCCCUUUGGUCUUCACCUGCAGCUCGCAGUGCGAUGGACCUUCACUUCAAGAUCUGUCACGCACAAGAGGAAAUUUUUCGGUUGAAUAUUGAGGUCUGUCGCCUUGUGACAUAUAUUCACGAUGAAGAUAAUUAUCUACGGAUGUCUGAGGAGCAGCUGAAGAAUACUAACCCAGGUCUCGCCCAUCAAAUUUCCAUUAUAUAUCUCAGCUCUCCGGCUUCAGCAGAACCGAGUGCCAGUGUACCAGCCGCACGAGUCCCUGCCAACAAGCAUGCUAACUACAUCUCUGCAUGUAACCCUCCAUAUCCUGUAGAUACAUUAGAGGACCUUGAGGAGGAGGAGGAGGAGGAGGAGGAGGUGGAGGAUGAGAUAGCAGAGGAGGCCUCGAGAAGGCUGCAGGAUGUCCUGUUCAUUACUCAAGACCUUUCACGGCUUGAACUUUCUGACCAUGCUGACUUGGAGUAG